CAGCUGUGCCGAUUUCCUUUACGACAGUUGUGACAAACAAAUGUCAAGCAUACAGUCAAUGGUGUCAAGUAGCUAAAUGCGCUGGCUGCAGAGUAAUCUGUAAAGGCGGGCGAUUUUCUUUAAAUACGGAUGCAAACGACAUCGAAAUGACGUGAGAUACGAUACCUUGAUGACUGUCGUAUACACUUAUUGAUGGAUAAGGAAAUAACAACGAUGCAAGAAAAACCAACUACAGUUUUCGUUCUCAGCGUUAGAUACCUAGCUAAGCUAACUUAGCCGGAAGCUAGCAAAGCCAGUUUGUCAACUCUCGACCUAGGGAACAUGCUCUGAGUGCGUGCCGAAUUCGAGGUGAAACACUAACAUUUGUUAUGUUCAACCCUGGAUGCUGACUGGUAGCGGGGCUUUCAUUAUUUAAGCACGCAAUGUGGCUACAGCAGAGACUAAAGGGAAUUCCGGGCUUGUUAUCAAGCAGCUGGGCGAGAAGACUCCUCAUAGGUCUGCUGCUCUUCCUCAUCUUCUACUGGUACCUGGGGUCAGAGCUCCGAUUGAGGUUCUUCAGCGGCGCGGGCCUGCCCGGUGGGGCGGCUGGGCAGUGCCUACUGGCUGAAAUCCACAGAUGGAAGUCUCUCGUAGAACGGGGAGAGGGUAUAUACAGCGCACCUCAGGAACAACUAGACACACCUUUUGUGUCAGGUAACGGCCAUAUUCUGAUUGACAUUGACUCCAAUAAACUGUGGGUAGCGUCGUCUACACAGCCCGGCUCGGCUCCGGUCCACCAGACUGAAUACUCACCGAGAGUCGGCAUCCAUCUCGAGGGGAAGCGGAUCGAGGCUCAGGCCAGCAUGCUGUGGUUCCGGAAGGGAGCCGUGCUGUCUGUCCGCUGUGCCUCAACAGCCGCUGUGCAGUCAGCCCGAGACUGUCUCACCAUCCGAGAGGAGUUCAUCGCGCACAGAAGCAGACCUAACGUCUAUCUCCAGCGAGUCCACAUCAACAACCCGUCUGACAGGGCCGUCUCCUUGGACGUGUCCUCCGACAGUCCCGCAUUCAGCAGCAAGUUCUCCAGCAGCGUGGAGAGUCUGGACGACAGAGAGAUAGUGCUCUCCUCCGGAAAAGUUCCUGUGAAUAACAACCGGAUGGUACCGGUGGUGGUCGUCACCAAGAAGCUGAACAGCAGGAUCCAGGUGUCCCCUAAAUCAGAGCACACAGAGAACAUCCUGUCAGUGGUGUGGACCUCAGAGCCCAUUGAGUCCUCCAGGGUGGAGGAGACGUUAAUCUCCCUCAGAGAAGGAGCCAAAAAGGAGCUGGGGGAGCUGCUGAGUGUCAAUGUGGAUGAGCUGGUAAUGCAUCACCAGCAAGCCUGGGUGGACCUCUUCAUUUCAGGUGUUGAAAUGAGGAGGAUCACAGACUCCCACACACCAUCCAGCCGCACUGUGAACACCACCCUCUACUACAUCCUCUCCUCGUCCACAGCUCCCCUGCUGGACCAAAGGCUGAACAGCGAGGAGCGCGCACGUCUUGAGUCUAGCCUCAACUAUGCCGACCACUGCUUCAGCGGUCACGCCACCAUGCAUGCAGAGAACCUUUGGCCUGAGCGAGUGAGCAGUGCUGCGCAGAUCCUGCAGCUGGUCACGCUGUGGACUCUGACUCUGCAGAAGAGAGGCUGCAAGGUGCUGGUGGCGGCAGGAGCCCAUGGAGCCAUGCAGGGCAUGGUGCUCAGCUUUGGCGGCCUUCAGUUCACAGAGAACCACCUUCAGUUUCAGGCUGAUCCAGAUGUCCUGCACAACAGCUACGCCUUGAGAGGGAUCCACUAUAACCAGGACCUCAUUAACCUGGCGGUGCUGCUGGAUAUGGAUGGGAAGCCUUUCCUUCACGUGUCGGUGAAGCAGCAGGAGAAGCCAGUGAAGCUGUACGCCUGUGAGGCUGGCUGCCUCAACGAGCCCGUGGAGCUCACAUCUGAGGUCAAAGGUCACACCUUCCCUGUGAUGGUAACCCAGCCCAUCACCCCACUGCUCUACAUCUCCACAGACCUGCACCACCUGCAGGACCUCCGCCACACCCUGCACCUUAAGGCCAUCCUGGCCCAUGAGGAGCACAUGGCCAACAGGUACCCAGGCCUGCCCUUCCUCUUCUUGUUCAUACAACGAGUACUGUGGACCCGGCGCUAAGCCCCUCUUCAGGAGCAAGGUAUAAACAAUGGUACUGUUAGCUGGCAACAGAAACAGAAUACUGCCAGCUGAUCUGCUCUGCACUGUUUUUGUUUUUUAGUUUGUUUUUUUUCAGCUCGUGUGUCUGUGGUGGUGUUUUCCUUUCUCUCUGUCAGCGCUCUCUCUUUGGGUUGGUUUCUUUGUCUUACACCCUCUGUGAGUGAACUUUAUUUUCCCAUCUCACGUGUUUGGAGUCAGUUGGCACAACAGCCUUCCACACCUCUCCUUCCCCCUCUCACAAAGAGGAUUCCACAGCUCUUGUUCCGUGUUGAAGGCGUGGAUAAUGUUGUUUUUGGUGCAGCUCUUGACAAACCUGCUCUCAGUCGAGAGCACCAGUAGAGUAGUGGCCCUUAUUUGAGAUCAGAAACCCUGAAGUUCUAGUUAACCAUUUGGUCUGCAGCAUCAUUUUGGCACACCACCUGUUUGACUGCACUUGCUGUUCACUGCAGAGUGUAAAACAUUCGAUGAGCUCAGUGGGAGAUAAACAAGCACAAGAGAUAUGGUCUUCUUCCAAAUGCUUUCUUUCACUUAUUGUUUCUCUGGUUUGCUUCUUGUGACUUCGUGACAACAUUCACACUGUUGUGACUUUGCAUCCAUACCAGAAGUUUUUCAUUGAUAAUAAAUCACAUACACUUUUAUUGGGAUAUUUUCCAAGCUACAAAAGCUUUUUAGAUUUCAAAUGUGUUUAUUUUUUUCCAAGGACAUCGUUAGAUUUCGUUCAUUUCAUCACAGUGUACAAGUCGGGCUCGAAUUCUCCAUCCAUUACAGAGGAAGUCUUGUCUGCUUUUAUUUUUGUAAAAGGCACAUUGGCAUUGUUUUGUAAGGUGUUGGACUCUUCAGUCGGGGCCUGCACUUAGAACGUUUCAGGUAGCCUGUGGAGUUUUUGACUACUAAUAUGUGUGAUAAGGAGGGAAAUGGGUUCAGCAUAUCUGUAAAGCCUUUUGUUUGCUUAUAAUAAACUUCCAGAGGGCGCGUUAACUUGGACAGAAAUAAGAUUGGCUCUAAUGCUCACUGUGAUGAUCUAAAACAUUUUUUGUGAGCUAUUUUUUAUUUUUAUUUUUAUUUUUUUAUUGUAACGGGGGAAAAAAAGAAGCAUUGGCUCCGUCAGUGGCCAGAAAAACUCAGACACCUUAAAUCUCAAAGGCUCUAGCUGCUCAUGUUGGUUUGUAGUAAAUUCACAGGACCAUGAUUUGUAGUAAACAUAACAUUGGUGUGAUCCUUUAAAGAUAUUCUUUAUUACAACAUUGUGCUCACAGCUCAGCUGAUCAGACAGGAUGUAAACAAACCUUCACUUUAGCCAAACCUAAAUGAGGAAAAGACUAAAGCACUAAUUUCACCCAAACUCUGCUGUAAUUGUGUGCACACAGUUUUCCUGUGCAACUCGUUUUCCGUCUGAUCUCUGACAGAGGAUCAUUUGUUGCUUGUUUCCAGCCUGUCUGACUGCUCAUGUUUCCUGAUGAGUCCAGAGCUACGAGGCUACUGUUCCUUUAACUGAAAGAAACCUAAAUCAGAGCUCAGUGUAGGAUGGUGGUCCUAGAAGUUUAUGACGUCUGUUGUCAUGUAAAGUGGCUGCUUGUUUACAGAUGUCCUUCUGAAAGAGACCUGCUGGGCACGUGGAGACAGUGCUGCUGCUGCUGCAGGCUAAAUGUGUCUCUGAUCAGCCUGGACUGUUCACUCACUUGGCCAGGAGUCUUUUUCUGCUUUUCCUUCCUGCCUUUUGAUGAUUGUUUUUUAUUGAAUCUCUCAAUUAAAUUAAGAACAAACCUGUGCUUUGGCUCUGGCUCUUUAGUGCUGACCUCUCACACCCUGCUGCCAUCUCUGCUCCUCAGCUUGUCUGUUUUUUCCCCCCCUUCUCCUGGGAGGCUGUGUGGAUGGGUUGUGUAGUGUUACUUUCGCAGCCAAUUGUCUGUUAUAAUCUUCCCAUCUGACUUCACCAGCAGGUUGCCAACAAAAGUGAGGAUGCCUGCUGCGACGGCUAGACCUCUGCUUGAACACUACAGUGCACAUGUUCAUCAUAUAGCAGUGGUUGUGCUUGAGCUUUGGCAGCAUGCGAGAGACUUGACAUGGGUGUGCUGGUGCUGAAUUUGAAGUCAGCUCAUGCAUCUGUUUCCUCUGGAAUCUCUGUGUCACAGCUUUGACAACUUCAUGACUGCUUUUAGCAGGAAGGACAGAGCUACUGAUGAGAAGCUGUAGUAGCUUGUAGGCUAAAGUCACUUUAAUAAGCAGCAGUCCCAAAGCCAAAGGUGUCCCGUUUAAUAUCGAAACAGCAAAUAUUCACAUGGAUUAUAAUCAUUUUUGCAAAUUAAUUUUGGAAAAGCACUUUGAGUCAUUUGAAUGUCAAGAUAGGUACAACAUGGGGCAGUAUUAGCUACAUUUUGAAGCUUUGGAGCAACUUUUCUCCUAAAGCCAGUGAAAUUGAGACACAACACCGAUUUAGCACUGCGCUCCUGUAAUUAAUCAAUCAAGCUAUUGGAAUAAAACAUGUGGUACAGGGUCAUGGAAGUGCUUCACAGAUGACUCUGACAUGAUCGUUAUAAGAUGAAACGGUGAUGACAAUUUGAUGCACAUGAAAGAAAAUAAAAUGAAAUUGAUGUGAAAUAACUGGGUUAAAAUAAAGAUACUUUAAAAUAGUCAAAAAUGAAGUUAAAGGGGCAGGUUUUGGAGUUUUUUUUUUAAACACUUUCAGCUGUUCUCAGUUCACAAGAUUAUCAGAAAAUGAUAGAAGUCAUACGACACCACAUAAAGCCAGGCUCAACACAUCUGUAUUUUGAAAAUAACAUUUUCUGCUUCUCUCAAAUGCUCUGGAAAGUAGAAAGCAUUUCUGAUAGUCUGGUACAAGACCAUGUAGUGCCUUAGAAACUACUGUUGACACAAAAGCAGGCCUGCAGUGUACAGGCAGGUGUAAUAUGAGCCUCCUCCUGAUCCCAGGCUGCACUUGUGUGUGUCUUAAUUUGGAUUAUUUGUAACUGAUAAUGUGCGAUUAUAUUCUCUGGUCGGCCAAAAAGGAGAGCAUUACAGUAGUCAAGCCUGCUACUGAUAAGCACGUGUUGACCGGUGUGAGAAAUUACUUCACUUUAGAAAUUAAAUGUUAUUCAAAUGCUACAGCUCUGUUUUUGUGACGCCUUGCACACGCGUUUUAAAAUUACACUCUCCCAGUGUCUUUAGCUUUGAGCUAACGAGCAGUAGCCUGCUUCUGUUUUGUCUUAAAAUGUGUGACAUCUUGGCUUUUCUAUCCAAAAUACAGAAAGAGUGAAUAAAAUCAUCAUACUCACAUUAGACGGUUUGAAAACGCAGCAGAACCAGAGAUGAUCUUUUUUUGUUCCUCACAUUCUUGUCACAAUCUUCUUCCUUGCCUACAUUACCCACAGUUCAACUCAGUUUCUAACUGCACAGUAGGAUGGAUCAGCUCUAGAAGUUGAAGCUCUGACUGGGACUUUUCACUGCCUUUCCCCGCUUCACUCAGAAGCAGCUAGCUCUAAUACUGUGGGAACCCAGUGCACCUUUAAAACACAACUGUCUAUGCUUCAUAAAAUGCUUCUGCUACACUGAUCACUUUGUCCACUGUCAACCUGAACUCAUCUACAUUUAUAAUAAUAUAACUAAUUAUAAAUGGAAACCAUGCAUCCAUAUUCAUAUUGGCUGUUGGGGAAAAAUACAUUUUAAUUUGGAAAGAUCAAGUUAAUUUGAUUAUGUAAUUUGCAGACAGAUGACAAAGUACAGGACAAUCCAACAUAAUUGUCUCACUUAAUUCUGAACUCUCCUGGAGGAACGAACACUGUUCUGUCAGCAGAUGUUCCCUCAUUUAUUCAGGUUUUUCCUUUGAUUUGUCACCAGGCUGUAACUACUUAUUGUAUAUCAAAUAUAAUGUGCAAAUUAGGCACAAAUAAUGUGAUAGAUACACUUCUUUCGCAAAUAUUACUGUCAUGUCAGGGUGUGAUUUACAUGUUACUUCUGAUUCAUAACAUUUUUUCCUUUUCACUUUGUGGCUUUUAUUCAAGUUCUUUUAUGUCUCGUGAACUACUGAGUGUGCCUUAAUGAAGAAAGAAGUUAAUUUAUUGAACUCAUAAUUGGAUUGAAUUGUACUCGAGUGGUGUGAAUCAUGUAAAACUGAAAUUAUGUUGGGGAGAAUAAAUCAUCCUAUCAUU